AAUCUCCCGGAGGGGUAUGUCCUUGAAUACGACCCUAACUGGCGCAAUAUCAUCGAGCCUCACCGGGACGAUAGGGUAGGAUUCCAUAUCAUCUCCCUGGAGAGUGGCACCGUCUUCCCCCUUCGCCCCCUCCUGGUCGAGCUGUGCCAUUGCUUCAAGAUCCUCCCCGGGCAACUUACGCCCAAUGCCCACCGUUUUCUUAACGCUUUUGUAAAUAUCUGUUCCCAUCUCAAAAUCGACCCUUCUCUUCGCUUUUUCCUCUAUUUGUUUGAAGUCCUUCCCGAGAUGAACUUCAGAGCAUUCAACAUCCCCACCAAGAAGACCGGUGGCUCCUCCUCUGCUGCCCCAAGAACCGUACCGGUGCAACAAGAGCCGGUGGAGAUCAACUCCGAGGAGGAAACUUCUCCGACCGGUCAGGCCGGAAGGACCACAGUAAACCCUCCCCUAGACAAAGGGAAGGGGAAGGUCCGAACCAAGCACGCCGCCACUACCCACCCCUCGGCAAAGAGGAGGAGGGGAGAAAGUUUCCCCGCCACAGAGUCGCUAGAGGAGCUCUGGGUCAAGAUGGGGCGAAAGCUAAAAGAGAUGGGUGAGGUCGGGCCUGAAACCUUAGGGAAGCUUGCCGAGGACUCCCCUUCCCGGUCACUUCAGCUGGAGGAAAAGCUGAAGAGGCUUGAAGCCCACAACCGGGAGCUUCCAGACCUGACCGCCCGACAACUUGACGAGAUGGCCAACCUCUCGGCGGUUGCCGGUAGGGCGAACGCAGAGGUCCUCCAGCUGAAGGAGGAGAACUCGCUGCUGAUGGGGGAGGUCUCCCACCUGAAGGAGGAGGCGUGGGUGAAGGAGCAAGAGCUGCCCGGUCGGGCCAGACAGUAGAUGGAGGAGAACCUGGUGGAGGCCGCCCGGGUGCUUACUUCCUCCGAGGAAAGGACAAUGGAGGGGUUCAAGUUGCUGUACCGGGAGGAGCAAGGGAAAGAGAUGAUCACCCAGAUCGGCUCCUACGGUUUCAUGUCCGG